GCGACUUCACCAUCGCCGUGUGUCCCGGCAUUGGCAACUCAAGCGAGACCGUCUACAUCUGGUCGUUCGUCCACUACGCGUGCCUCAAUGGAUACCGCUGCAUCGUGCUCAACCACCUGGGCGCCCUCCGCUCCGUCAAGGUCACGUCACCUCGCAUCUUCUGCUACGGUCGGACAGAGGAGCUGGACGUCAUGUUGAAGGGCCACAUGGCCCGGCACCCGCUGACACGGCUCGUCCUAGUCGGCUUCUCCAUGGGCGGCAACAUCGUCACCAAGUACAUGGGACAGCCGGCCGGGCGGCGGACGCCCAGCAUCAUCGGCGCCGUCUCCAUCUGCCAGGGAUACGACGCCCAGAGGUGUGUGAACGCGCUUCUCUGGUGGCGCGAGUUCCGCCGCUUCUACCUGCACAUGAUGACGGAGAACAUGAAGGCCAUCAUCAUGCGACAUCGGGCCGUGCUCUUCACGGAUGACGUCAAGGCGCGCUACCAGCUGGACGAGCGCAAGAUCUUCAUGGCGGCCACCAUGACGGAGUUCGACGAGGCGUACACUAGAGUCCCGUGAGGAAAUGCUGCUGAUAGAAACGGAACACGGCGGCCACUUGGGCUUCUACGAGGGCGGCUUCCUGGUGCCCCACUCCAUCACCUGGUUGGACCGCACCGUGGUGCAGGUGGCGCACGGUCUGGUUGGUCGGGCCUGAGGUCACGCCAGCCGGGUCUCAGGCCUGGGUCAGCGGGCCUGGUCAGAGCGCCGCUCCGCGUCAGCGUAGAGGACCGUCGUCGCCGCCUGCCCCCCCCCCCC